UGUGGAAAGUCUUUUACCCAGGCUGGAAGCUUAAAAAAACACCAACUCAUCCACAGUGGAGUUAAACCUUACAGCUGUGAGUUGUGUGGAAAGUCUUUUACCCGGGCUGGAAGCCUAAAAAGACACCAACUCAUCCACAGUGGAGUUAAACCUUACAACUGUGACUUGUGUGGGAAGAAUUUUACCCAGGCUGGACACUUAAAAACUCACCAACUCACCCACAGUGGAGUUAAACCUUACAGCUGUGAUGAGUGUGGGAAUGAUUUUACCCGGGCUGGACACUUAAAAACUCACCAACUCAUCCACAGUGGAGUUAAACCUUACAGCUGUGAUGAGUGUGGGAAGGAUUUUACCCGGGCUGGAAGCCUAAAAACACACCAAGUCAUCCACAGUGGAUUUAAAGCUUACAGCUGUGACUUGUGUGGAAAGUCUUUUACCCACGCUGGAAGCUUAAAAACACACCAACUCAUCCACAUUGGAUUUAAAGCUUACAGCUGUGACUUGUGUGGAAAGUCUUUUACCCAGGCUGACAGCUUAAAAAGACACCAACUCAUCCACAGUGGAGUUAAACCUUACAGCUGUGAGUUGUGUGGAAAGUCUUUUACCCGGGCUGGAAGCCUAAAAACACACCAAGUCAUCCACAGUGGAGUUAAACCUUACAGCUGUGAUGAGUGUGGGAAGGAUUUUACCCAGGCGGAAGGCCUAAAAACACACCAAGUCAUCCACAGUGGAGUUAAACCUUACAGCUGUGACUUGUGUGGAAAGUCUUUUACCCUGACUGGACACUUAAAAAGACACCAAGUCAUCCACAUUGGAUUUAAAGCUUACAGCUGUGACUUGUGUGGAAAGUCUUUUACCCAGGCUGACAGCUUAAAAAGACACCAACUCAUCCAUAGUGGAGUUAAACCUUACAGCUGUGACUUGUGUGGAAAGUCUUUUACCCGGGCUGGAGACUUACAAAGACACCAACUCAUCCACAGUGGAUUUAAAGUGUACAACUGUGACUUGUGUGGAAAGUCUUUUACCCUGGCUGGAGACUUAAAAAGACACCAACUCAUCCACAGUGGAUUUAAAGCGUACAACUGUGACUUGUGUGGAAAGUCUUUUACCCAUGCUGGAGACUUAAAAAGACACCAAAUCAUUCACAGUGGAGUUAAAGCUUACAGCUGUGACUUUUGUGGAAAGUCUUUUACCCGGGCUGGAGGCUUAAAAACACACCAACUCAUCCACAUUGGAUUUAAAGCACACAGCUGUGAGUCAUCAGCUGAAAAAACACCAACAGAUCCACACCAGAAAGUAACUCUACAAGUGCAGUUACUGUGAGGAUGUAUUUAUUUUUAUCUUGUAAUUUUAACCUGAUUGUUUGGAACAAGUCUGAUCAGUAAACUUAUGGAGUUAUACUGAAUGAACUGUUCGGAAAAAUGAAGACUCAUUUUCUCUCAGUAAGCUGAGUGUUGUAAUGUAAACAGACGUUGGCAGAGAUGCUCUUUUUUUCAGGCGACGUUCAGGAUAAAAAUGUUGAAGGAAUUCCCUGACUUAUACAAUGUCUUUGUUUAGAAGUGGAGCAAGGCACAUGGAUCCAGUUCUCAACCCUGUCGUCACUGUGGUGGUGGGAAAGAGUUUCUCUGUGACCUUUGUGGAAAAACCUCCACAUAUCAACGGGACCUAAAACCUCAUCAACGUAGACACACUGGAGACAAAAUGAACUACUGCAAAGAAUGUGGGAGAGGCUUCCACACACCAAGUACAUUAAAAAUACAUGACCUCUUCCACAGUGGGGUCAAAAAGCACAUCUGUGACCAGUGUGGGUCAUCCUUCACCACUGGACAUGAGCUCAAUGAAAAAGCAUAAGGGAAUCCACACAGGAGAGACACCAUACAAAUGCAGACACUGUGACAAAAGCUUCUCACAAUCAGGUCAUCGUAACAAACAUGAACGUACACACGUGGAAGUGAACUUCAGCUGUGACCAGUGUGACAAGAGCUUUAGGAAUCUCAGUUCAUACUCCGAACACAAACGAUUCCACACUGUAAAUAAACUGUUUCACUGUUACCAAUGUGCAAAAACAUUCACUUCAUUAUGUGCUCUGUGCAAACAUCAGCCUGAUCAUGCAGGACUGAAAUCACUGGAUCUCAAUGAAUCUGAAGAGAGAGAAAGAUCCUCUUCUGGUUUCAGGAUCUUCUUGAGAUCAGGCUCCACAGAGUUCAGAUGGAACCUCCUGUAAAGAGUGUCAGCUGAUGUCACACUUGGAUCUGAUGAGGACUCUCAUGGAGCACCACUUUGAAACGCAGCUGAUUGGCAGAUUCCCUGGUCUGCAGAGUCCAAAGACAAAAACGGCCUUCUCCAC